AUGUUCCCCCCGAGAGCGAGGCGGAUUGCCAGAAGACUCGAUGCGCUGGCUGUAAAGAUCCUCGGCCCCGCCACCCCAGCCCCAGAAGAAAUACAGCUGCCACAGCCUUCCUGCGCAGCAUCCGUCACUGUCGGCCACAGCUCCAUGUCUGGCUCAGUCGACCGCUUCUUCCUGCGGCUGUCUUUUCCUCGACUACUAUACCCAUUUCUGCUGCUCUGGAUAACCGCUUGGAUCCUUCUGAUACGGCAACAAUACUAUAUUCCAUCAUCACCGACAAUCAUCGGCUGUACCUCGGCGCCUUGGGACGACUGGCCCCCGGAUACUUGUGGUAUCAAUGGCACGCAUUGUCAGGAUGACCUGACGGGAUUAGCAGGGGAGACUUUCAGAUGUAUGGGAGGGUGUAAAGAUACGACGUUGGGCAAUGAGAGGUGGAUAGGUGGGGAGAGAGUCGAUGGAGAGCCGCUUAUAAUUGGCGGAGGAGAUGUGGACGGGACGUACAGAGCAGACUCUUGGGUAUGCGCCUCUGCAAUCCAUGCCAAGCUCAUAUCACCACUUAUGGGUGGCUGCGUUUCCAUCAAUCCAUUACCCUAUCCCGCCGGCUCCUCCAACUUUGUCUCUUCGUCAAGCAAUGGUCUCACCUCCACCGGGUUCAACCCCUCCUUCCCAGGAGCAUUCACUCUCUCCCGUGUCUCGCCUUUCGGCUGCUUGGAUCUACAUUUCAUCAUGACGGGGUUCAAUGCCGCUUGUCUAUUGAUAUUCACGCUCUUCCUUCGGCCACCCCCUUCACUCCUGUUCUGUGUCCUACUAGUAAUGGGAUACUUUCACAUCCUCCUAUUCAGUGACCCGUCCAGUACUCCUCCCUCAUGGGAGGACGUAUUUGCCGGCCUCAUCCCUGUACUUCUAGUGGGCUACUGGAUCUGGAACCAGGCCUUCAAGUUUACGCUCCGCGGCUUCACCAAGCUGCCCUUCGACCUCGCUUUCUGGCAAGGCGCGGGCUACUGGAUAGGGAUAGAGAGCAGUACAGUGUUCGCCAGGCUCCCCAUCUCGCGUCUAGGUUACGACUCUCUGGACCCUGCCGGCAUUAUCGCCUUGACCUGGAUCAUAGUCAUAGCCGUGAUCGUCGUAGCAAUCCAAGCUUGGUCCUUCCGCCGCGCCGGCCUGGUCCGCUACUACCUCAUCCGCUACCUCCCCCUCAUCCCCAUCCUCAUCAUUCUCGCCAACAUACCCAACUAUACUUUGAGACUGCACCACUAUCUUUUGGCGCUUGCGGCGAUACCAGUGCUGUCUUUGCCGAAUAGGGUCAGUUUGUUCUGGGGGGCGUUCAUGUUGGGAUUGUGGCUGGAUGGUGUGGGGAGGUGGGGUUGGGAUGGGAUACUGCAGGAGACCACUUCGCUGUUGGGAGAUGCCAACUCGGGCUCUUAUACGCCCGUCUUCUGGGACAAUGUUACCGCUUCUACUACUCUUGGAUGGUCACCGAUCACAGAAGAGCUGGAGGCUCUGAAUGUGACUGCCUACUCUCUUUUGGUCAACGACAUGCAGAUUUACGACAACUGGACAGACUCCUCGAUAUCCCUUAAUGGGCUCAUAGAUGAGAGUGUGGACAACUAUUUCAGACUAGCUUAUAUAAGGAGCGGCUCCUCAAUGGAUUACACAGACCCGGUCAUGCGGUGGGCGAACGGGUCUUGGAGCGGGAUGGGCGACGUUGACACAUAG